AUGGAAACUCUCAACGUUGAUCAUGAAGAAGAUGAUGUCGCCUCGGAAGAAGAACAUCGAGCACAUACCAAAUCCGACACCGACAUGCCUCCGAUCUCCGAUGGUAGAGACUUCCUCCGGCAGUUCGCGGCUGAGUCAAAGAAACUAUGGUGGCUCGCUGGUCCGGCGAUAUUCACAUCUUUCUGUCAAUACUCUCUUGGCGCUGUCACGCAGAUCCUCGCUGGACAUGUCAACACGUUGGCUCUAGCUGCCGUCUCCAUACAGAACUCAGUCAUCUCCGGCUUCUCUGUCGGUGUUAUGCUUGGGAUGGGGAGUGCACUAGCAACGCUUUGUGGGCAAGCGUAUGGAGCAGGGCAACUAGAGAUGAUGGGAAUAUAUCUACAGAGGUCUUGGAUCAUCCUUAACUCUUGUGCCCUUCUUCUUUCCCUUUUCUACGUUUUUGCUACUCCACUUUUGAGUCUCCUCGGACAGUCGCCGGAGAUUUCUAAAGCCGCCGGGAAAUUCUCCCUCUGGAUGAUCCCUCAGCUCUUUGCUUACGCCGUCAACUUCGCCACGGCCAAGUUCUUGCAGGCACAAAGCAAGGUGAAUGCAAUGGCGAUUAUAGCGGCAACCGUGCUGUUUCAGCAUGCUCUAUUGAGUUGGUUGCUGAUGCUAAAACUCGGUUGGGGAAUGGCUGGAGGAGCUGCUGUACUGAAUGUGUCGUGGUGGUUAAUAGAUGGAGCUCAAAUAGUUUACAUCUGUGGAGGUUCUUGUGGCAGAGCUUGGUCAGGGCUCUCAUGGAAGGCUUUCAAGAAUCUCAGAGGCUUUGCAAGAUUGUCUCUUGCCUCUGCAGUCAUGGUUUGUCUAGAGGUUUGGUAUUUCAUGGCGUUGAUUCUGUUUGCGGGUUACCUCAAGAACCCUCAAGUCUCGGUGGCUGCUCUUUCGAUAUGCAUGAACAUAUUGGGAUGGCCGAUCAUGGUGGCCUUUGGCUUCAAUGCGGCUGUGAGUGUAAGAGUGUCGAACGAGCUUGGAGCUGAACACCCAAGAAGGGCGAAAUUCUUAUUGAUAGUGGCUAUGAUAACUUCUGUCUCGAUCGGAGCUGUGAUAUCGAUGACGCUCAUCGCGUUACGAGACAAAUAUCCAGCAAUGUUCUCUAAUGAUGAAGAAGUGAGAGGACUCGUGAAACAGCUGACUCCAUUGCUGGCUCUCACAAUCGUCAUCAACAACGUUCAGCCUGUUCUUUCUGGUGUAGCAGUUGGAGCUGGAUGGCAAGGCAUAGUUGCAUAUGUGAACAUUGGGUGUUACUAUUUAUGCGGUAUCCCUAUUGGUCUUGUGCUCGGUUACAAAAUGGAACUUGGAGUAAAAGGGAUAUGAACAGGAAUGCUAACAGGAACAGUGGUUCAGACAUGUGUUCUUCUUUUGAUGAUCUAUAGAACCAACUGGAACAACGAGGCUUCAUUAGCAGAGGCUAGAAUAAGAAAAUGGGGAGGUGAAACAGAGAGAGUAGAGGAGAUUGAAGAGAUAAAAUGAUUCUUUUCAGAUGGUGAAAGUGAAAACAAUCAAAGGAUAUGGUCAUUGAACAAGACAUCAUGGAUUCGAAAUAAACAAAAUGGAUAACCACAGAGGAAGAACAGUGAUUCGCAGAUUGAUCAAGCUAUAACUUUCUCUAUAAGAACCUAUACACUAUAAGCGACAUCUAAGUUCAAGGUUUACACAUACAUCAUCCUUAAACACCAUCAAACUAAACUUGCAUUUUCGAAAUAACACGCAG